UAAAAUAAGUGUGAAGCAUGUUAAGCAUACAGUACCCCCGGUCCCAACGAAUUUCACAAAUGUUCAGGCAAAAGGGAGGUUAAUUGAGCAACUAGACAAAGUAGUAAACAGUACACAAAGAUUGUCACUCGACUCCAAAUUAAAUAGUAGACAAAAGAGUAAGCUAAAUGACGCAGAAUGUCAAACAGACGAUUUGAUACUCAAAGAGAAGGAGGAACUCACUGCGCGCAUAGAUGAGUUACUCUCUCAAAGAGAUGCACUCAUUGAGGAGAUCAAGGAAAUGAAAAUACUUGAUAGUAGUUUAUCUCUAAACAAUAAUGAUGUAGGAACGCAAACUGAACUGGAUACAAGUUCUCAAAGUGUUAAUACGCAAACCGAAACAUCUUACAGACUGACGACUAGUAAAUGCAAGGCAGAUUGUGAUAGUUUAGAAAUAGUUGGUAUCCGAGAGCAAACAAUAAAAAUUUUAAAUGAUAAUAAUAAUUCUCUCCAUAGAGAAAUUCAAGAAAUGGAACUCGAGAUAAGGAAAAAUUACGACAGAAUAAAUACUGUAAUGGAAGAAAACUAUAAAUUGAGAGAUAUUGUAUCAAGUUUCACCAAUCGAGUCGAUGAACUUAAAAACAAGCGCAAUUGGGAACUCAAGAAUUCAGACCAUAAAAUUAAUGAAACGCAAGAUUGGAAAAGAAAAGUGCUUAUUUUCUCGGAUAGCCAAGGCCGUGAUCAGGCAACAUAUUUGAACAAUACGUUGACAAACAAUUUCUUGGUGUCUGGUUUCGUGCUUGGGGGUGCGAAAAUUUCACAGAUAGUGGAUGCAGUUCUGAGAAGCAAGGAGGUGGCUAAUCUGAACGACAAUGACUUGGUGAUAAUUAUAGGGGGUACAAACGACGUGAAUUUGAAUUGGGAUGAAAAUUAUAAUAGAGCAUUUCGACAGCAAAUAUGUAGACUUCUUGCUCUGUCAGUAAAAACAAAUAUCGUCAUCGGAACAAUUCCAUAUCGAUAUGAUUUGCCCAAUUCAUCGACCAUUAAUUCUACAAUUAAAAAUAUCAAUGCAGGAUUAAAGAAUAUCGCACGUAAUAAAGCGACAGUACUAGAUAUGUGGAAUCUGAAAGCUUGUGAACAUACACGUCACGGACUACACUUGAACAGGAGGGGUAAAUCAGUAAUCGCUAGAAGACUAAAAGAUAUAAUAAUGAAACCGAGACAAGUAACAGUAGAUACUCCAGACAUUAUUUACGAGCGGAUGAGUGUGUCACAGAGUAUGAAAGUGACGGAAACUAACCAGAGUGGGGAAAUGGAGAUUCCAGUUGUGGAAAAUAGAGGCACAAGAAACAUUAAAAGUUUUUUAGAGAAAGGACCGGUAGCAUCAAUAGCAAUUUGAUUUACGUAAAAACUUCAGAAAAACUAAAACAAGAUA